AUGGUUGCUCGGAUUUUAAGCACGCAGGCACUCUUUACGGCUUUUCAUGGAGCUUCUUGGCCCGCCUUUCCAUGGCCGGAGGUGGAGAGUAGCUUUUUUAGUCCUCCUUCUUGCAGGCGCCUCGCCAUCCCUUCCUCUCCUCCACCUUAUUUUGGACCUGUUCCUCAACCUUCGCUGGUUUUGUUGCAUUUUUUGGGGCUCUUCCUCUCACCGCCAAUAUACUCCUUGCUGCUGUUAGCUGGAAGAGGUUGUGUGUUCCAUCUCCUUCAGUUAAAGCCUCUUCUUUUUUCUCUUCAUGCUCAUGGGCUACUCUCACAACCCGCACGGGAAAAGAAGGAUGACCUCUUGCGGCGCUGCAGGGAAGCUAAUGCUGCAAAGAAAAAAAAUAUGGCCCUUGCUCCUUCGGGUCCUGGACCUACAGCUCGCCUCUCAAAAAGAAAACGCGGAGCUGAUGUCCAGGAAGCGGCUUCACCAGGCAUACACACAGGUGUUCGUGUUUCUGCUGGUUCUGAUCAGCCAUGUAGUGCCUAUCGUGCUAAUGUUGGAACCAGCCAGUGUCCACCUCCUAUACAAAGUUCUUUUGCUGAUCCUGCCAAUGUUACUUUGGGUGGUCAUCGAGCAUCUUUACCAGGUUCUGUAUCCAUUGAGUUGUUAUUUCUCUGUCUGGUGUUUCGGCUCUCAUACAAUUGCCUACUGUGA